AUGAGCUGCAAAUUAAUGCUUCAACUCUCAUUUGUGUUCACAGCUGCAGGUGUCAGUAAUAAGAGCAGCCAUGGGUCUGAAGCUCACAAGCUGCUCAUUGCCUUCCAGGCUCCCUGGGACAUGUCCUACCCCUUCAGUGCCCGGCGGCUGGGCUCGGCCAUACAGAUAGCUGUGGAUAAGGUGAACAGCAGUCCCUCCCUGCUGGGGAGCUACAGUCUGGAUGUUGUGUACACGGACACCGCCUGUGAUGCCAAAGAGUCUCUGGCGGCGUUCAUCCACCAGGUGUGGAGACAAAAUGUGACGGCUGUUUUUGGUCCUGCGUGUCCUGAAGAAGCCGAGGUAACUGGCCUAAUUGCAUCCACUUGGCACAUCCCGAUGUUUGCCUAUGUGGGACAGUCCUCCAAAAUGGACAACAGGGACAUCUACGAUUCCUACAUCAAAAUCAUGCCCCCUCUGAAAAGAAGCGCUGAAGUCCUGGUGAAGACCUUGGAAUUCUUCGGGUGGAGCCACGUGGCGAUGAUCGGAGGGGGACUGGACACUAACACUUGGGACAAGGUUGAUGCUUUGUGGAAAACGGUUGAGACUGCGCUGAGAGAGAAAUUCAAGCUGAUGGCAGAGGUGAAGUUCGACACCAGCAAUCCUCAGCUAGUCCAGCAAAAUGUCAAGCACAUCUCCACAGUCGCCAGAGUAAUUGUGGUCCUGACGAACAAAGAGGACUGCUUGGGUCUGCUGUUGGAGGCCGAGCGCCAGGGUCUGAUGAACGGCAACUACGUCUUUCUCCUGGUACAGCAUUUUGAGGAUAACUUGUGGAAACGUACCUUGAACAAUAAGACUGACCAAGCUGCCAUGAGAGCGUUUGACAUGACCUUCAUCAUUGGCCAGAAAUCCUACGAAGGAUACGAGUACUAUGACUUCUUCAAGCGAGUUCUAAAAAGGCUAAAAACACAUCCUUUUCAGACCAACCUUACAUCUGAAAGCGAGGUGAGCCCCUAUUCGGCCUACCUGCAUGAUGCGGUGCUUCUUUACGCGAUGGGACUGAAGGAAGUUCUGAAAGGUGGCAAAGAUCCUCACGAUGGCCAGCAGCUUCUUCAGAGCCUGAAAAACAAGACCAACAUUCGAUUUCAUGGAGCCUCUGGACUAGUUCACUUUGAUGAAGAAGGGGAGAGAAAUCUGGAUUACUCCAUUUAUGACCUUCAGCGUAUAGGAGACAACAUCAAGUUUGUACCCAUCCUCAAUUAUGAAAGUCAAACCAAAAAUGUCAGACCAACAUCUAAGUUUACCUCUGUUGUUUGGCCAAAAGGAGCCCCCCCCUCUGAUAUGCCAGAUUGUGGCUUCAACAGUGAACUCUGUGAAUGGCUGACUAACGAUGUUGUGCUGUUGGCCGUGCUCGUGACCUUCCCCGUCAUCGGAGUGGUGGCGGUUUUGGGUAUCGGGCUCUUAAUGAAGCAGAAGCUCAAACUCCAGACGAGACUGGAUGACUCCUGCUGGUGGAUGAUCAACUUCAGCAACAUUGUCAUCAUCAGGGAGCCCUCUGGACACCAUGGUUUGUCUCAAAGCUUAGCAGGUAGCCAGAGUGGGAGUGGCAGCUGCCACACCAGUCUUUCCACCAAUAGCUUGGAUCUGAGAGACAAGAUGGGCAAAGAGCACAUCUUCACCACCAUAGGUCUCUACCAGGGGAAUCAAGUGGCCAUCAAGUACAUCAAGAACCACAUAAGCUGCAACCUCCAGAAACCUUCGAUCAUUGCAGAGUUCAAUGUGAUGAAAGAGAUGAAACAUGAGAACCUGGUGCAGUUCUUCGGUGUGUGCGUUGAGCCGCCACACGUCUGUUUGGUCAUCCAGUACUGCAAAAAAGGCAGUCUGAAGGAUGUUCUGAAAGCUUCUGAUAUUGAUUUAGAUGGGAUGUUCAAGCUCUCGUUUGCAUACGACAUCGUCAAUGGAAUGGAGUUCAUUCACAAGAGCAAGCUGAAAUUUCAUGGAAACCUGAAGCCGAGCAAAUGUUUGGUGGAUAGUCGACUUCAGGUCAAACUCUCUGGCUUUGGACUGUUGGAGUUUAAAUAUGGAGCCAACAACGAGAUCAACCCAGAGGAAAAACCAGGUUACGAUGAGAUGUAUUGGACUGCGCCUGAGUUUCUGAGACAGACCGAUUGGUCAUUUAAAGGAUCGCCCAAAGGUGACGUCUACAGCUUUGCAAUCAUAAUGUGGGAACUCAUGUACAACUCUAAGGCUGGUCCAUAUCAAGACGUCAAUCUGGACCCCAAAGAGGUCAUCAUGCAGCUGAGGACACAUAUCCAAGGAGAACCUCUUCGACCAGCACUGUCUGAGCAGGUGUGUGAUGAGAAAGUCAAUGCGUUGCUGAAGGCCUGCUGGAGUGAAAACCCUGACCACCGACCACCAUUUGCAUCGAUACGAAGGUGUAUGAAGGAAUUCAGUCCAGACAGCCAUACAAAUAUCCUGGAUAAUAUGGUGGACAAGUUGGAGAAGUACGCAAACCACCUGGAGGAGGUGGUGGAGGAGCGGACCACCCAGCUCACGGUGGAGAAAGCCCGAGCAGACAAGCUUCUCUCCAGCAUGCUACCAAGGUACAUUGCAGAUCAGCUGAUGGCAGGGAAGUCAGUGGAGCCUCAGAGCUAUGAAAUGGUGACCAUCUUUUUCUCAGACAUUGUGGGUUUCACCGCCAUGUGCUCCGUUAGCUCUGCGAUGGAGGUGGUAACGUUCCUCAAUGACCUCUACAGCUUGUUUGAUGACAUCAUAAAGUUGUAUGACGUCUAUAAGGUGGAAACCAUCGGCGAUGCAUACAUGGUGGCCAGUGGACUGCCCAUCAGUAACGGAGACCAGCACGCUUUGGAGAUAAGCAUGAUGGCGCUACAUUUCCUGAGGGGCAUUAAGGUCUUCCAAAUCCCUCACAUGCCAACAAAGAGCCUUGGACUUCGCAUCGGUGUACACUCUGGUCCGGUGGUUGCUGGAGUGGUGGGCACCACCAUGCCUCGCUACUGCCUCUUUGGUGACACGGUGAACACGGCUUCUCGUAUGGAAAGUAACAGUUUACCCCUGAAGAUCCAUAUAUCCCAGCCCACGGCAGAAAUCCUUGUCCAGGCCGGAUCUUUUGAGAUGGAAGAAAGAGGGGAGAUUGAAAUGAAGGGUAAAGGGAUCCAGAAGACCUACUGGCUGCUGAAGAAAAACGGAUUUAAUCCACCUGUCAACGCUCACGGCUCCUCACAAGAUGAAGGUCUCAAAGUACAGAAAGAGAUCUGA